AUGACCUUUGACUUGCUGUAUGAUAACAGGAAAAAAACAACUCUUUGUUAAUAUCAGUGAAAGUAACAAUGGAGUAUUAUUUCAAAAGUUUAAUUAUUAUUCUAUUAAAUGUUCAUUUGUACGGGUAUACAAAUGGUAAAGUUGUGGGCGGAUUUGUUUUGCCGCAUGGUGGAGUAGCACUUGAUCCACGGAACUUCAACACGAAAAACCAAACGGAGAGAAAUGAAGCCAAGACGUUACAUGAAGCCUGUCUGAAAGUUGGCAGAGAUGUUCGGAACAUCAAUCCGGAUGUGAUAUUUCUAAGUACACCGCACGGAUUAUCAGAUUAUCGAAAUUUCUUGUUAUAUAGCAAUGAUGUUGGUUCGGGAUAUGGAGAUGUUGAUGAUUGUUUGAUCUUGCCAUGCCGUUACAACCUCAGUGUACAAUUAGAAGCACAAAUAGCUUCCGCAAUAUUCCAAAGGUUUGGAUACGAAAGAAACGUGUCAUUGUUAUCAGCCUUUGGACCGGAAGGGAACGAUAAUUCCAUUCCAUUACGAUGGGGCGAGGUUAUCCCACUUCUUUUGUCGGGAAAUUCAUCUACAACCAAAAUCGUGAUUUUGUCCCAACCAACAAGGAGAUACUCAGACAGUGUAAAGAUGAUACCGGAACUACUUCAGUUAGGUGAUGACUUUUUCAAAUUGCUCGAGGAGUCCCCACAGAGAAUUGCUGUUAUAAUAAGCGCUGACCUAGCACACACUCACAAAGCUGAUGGACCAUACGGAUAUUCCAAUACAUCACAACCUUUCGACAAUGCUAUUGGCAAUUGGGCUCGCACUUUGAAUUAUAACUUUCUCGUGGAGGCCGGCACACUUGUUGAUCGGGCUCUUUCUUGUGGAUACACCGGUCUAGUUAUGCUUCAUGGAAUGUUAGCACACGCGGGUGUAACAUCAUGGAAGUCACAAGUCUACGCGAAUCUUCAUCCAAGCUACUAUGGAAUGAUGGCUGCAAGUUUUUCUCGCUAGAGAAAAUUUGGUUUAUAUCCUUGCUGUUUUAACAACCUAAGAGGAUAAAACAAUUCUUCUGGAGGUGGCAAGGCUUCCCAUGACGUCCAAAACCAACCUGAAAUACAAAAUUACGAUGUAUAUUGAUUAAUUUAUUGAUUGUCAAACUUGCUUUGAUUUUCAAGGCUACUUAAAAUAUACCUUCUUGGUGAUUUUAACUGGCUAUAAAAGACAAAGACACACAUGACGUAUUCUAAACUUUCAUUCUUCUAAACUUUCAGUUUUUAAUAUUUACAAUUAUUUGACCAUAUUUACAUUCAUCUGAUCCAACAAUUUCAUCGCAUGUAUUUUUUCAGCUUAAUUAAAAUAUAGAAACGUUUAAUUAGAUUAAAUUUGUAAGUGACCUUCAUUUUUUUCUGGUUCUGUAUUUUCUGGUUCGGCUUUAUAUGUUACGUCGACUUCGCCGGACAUAUACAACUCUAAAUAAUGAUAGUCAUUAUCUAGGUCAACCCCAUUCUCUACAGUACAGAAACGAACAUUUGUUAAACGGAGGCCUGUUUCUUCGAGAGUUUCUCUACUGGCACAAUCCUCCCAAGAUUCUCUGAAAUGUGAAUUACAUUAGACAUUCACAAGUAAUUCAAAUAUUCUGCAGAAUUUAAAAAAGUUUUAGACCUUACGUCGAAAAUGUCAUAAAAGUAUGUGUAAGCCACAUUUUUCAAGAAAGUAUUGGUAUGCAUAUUUGUAAGUAAAUGUUUCACACUUUUUAUUGUGUAAAACUUAUUCCAUUAUUAGGAGCGCUAUUGUAUACUUCUCGUUUUAAAUUGUGACAAAAUAUAUUUUAAUAAUUCAUAGGGUUUUGAUUAAACGAUCAAAUUAAUUGGA